AUGCCAGUCCCCUCUGCCCCCGUGACCAGGCCCGAACCUCGCCUGCAAGCUAUGCGGGCAACGUACUAUGGAGCCGUCCUAAUCAACUUCUUGACCCUCCUACUUCCCGCGCUCUACGGAACUCUGUCAAAGCUCUGGAUUGCUCAGCUCGCGCCGUCUCAAGUCGUCACCACUGACAUAUACACAUAUGUCGGGGUUGUCACUGAAGUCGUGAAUGAAGGCCUGUCACGAGUGGCAUUCAAUGUCAUAGGCGACAAAGAGAAAGGCAUGGAAAAGAGAAGAGGGCUAUCCUGGACGCUCAUUCUGGCACAGAGUGUGCUUGGAACGGCUUUGAGUGUGUUCUUUGUGCGCGAAAACUCCAUCACCUAUGUUCGCAUCGCCGCAUUCUCCAGCCUCUUCUCCGUCCUGCAAUACGCAACAACAACCGCCACCCGUUCUCUCGACAGACUCGACAUCCCGCUCCUCAUCAGCGCACUGAGCACAGUUCUCAAUAUCAUCUUAGACCUCAUAUUCCUCUCCACAUUUCGAGUGUACAAGGGCACACCCACUGCAAACACGCAAGGCGUGCUCCGCCUCUUUUGCGACGGCGCGGCUGCAUUUGCCGGCAUCGCGUACUUCUUCUAUACGGUCUUUACGUUUUCGGAAUCGGCUAUCCGCAAUGCGUUGUAUCUGUGGCAGGUGGCGAAGAUUGUGAGUCUUGGGUCUGAUUAUGCUACUGCUUGGGGAGUGUUCAACACCAUUCGAUGGGGAAUAAUGAUGGUACCGGCAAGCGCGUUCGAGCAAGCAACCUUGGCGUUCGUGGGCCAUCGUUGGGGAGAGUACAAAGCCCAGGCCAAAGUCAGCUCCGGAGAUAGUGUGGAUGAAGAAGAAGGCGGGAAAGAUGAGCCCCGUAUUGUGGCGGCGGACGACAUUGAUAAGACUCAAGGCUCGUUGGAGACCGAAAGCGACAGUGGUGACGGCGAUGUCGACAAAAUUGAAGAUGGAAGCGACUCGAGCUCCAUUGCUGACUCCAGCGGACCCAAAUUGAUUAUGCUCAAAUACGUCACCCGUCCUGCCCAAAUCUCCUUCCUCUGGACUCUCGCCAUCGAACUCAUCCUCGCCCUCCUCAUGUCCUUCGCCCUCAUCAAACCCUUCGCCCUCUACCUCUCCUCCUCCUCCACCGUCGCCGAGCUUACAACCACUCUCUUCCACCAACUCGACUGGUGCUAUGUCCUCUUCACCCUGCAAGUGCAACUCGUGGCGGUCCUCCUCGCCACGCGGCUCGACAUCUGGUUCAUGACGGCUCUGACCACCAAUAUCCUCUGGGUGCUGCCCUGGUGCAUUGCGUUUCAGAUUGGUGCUGUGCCGGUGGAGAAGGCGUGGUCGUUUUAUGCGUUGGUCUUUGGGGGUGGGUUGGUGUUUGAUUUUGCAGUUGUGGUGCUUACGCUGGGGGUGUGGUGGUGGGCGGUGAGGAGGGACUGGAGGGUGAAGUGGUUGAGUGUUCUCGUCUUUGAUAUGUGGUAUCCAGAUAGGCGGAGGUUCACCGUUUGAAUGUAUACCAUUUAGUCUAGCCAUCAAUGUGUCUGGGUCACAGUAGUAUCAAUGCGAAUAUCGCACAUCAUUGAGUGCUGGAAAGCGGCAUCCUAGCUGGACCGACGCGCAUCAAGAUGCGAACAGGCUGCCACCUGUU